AUGCCGUCCCGUUCGGCCGCCUUCGCUGCCGCCGGCAUGGCCGUGCUGGCCGCUUACGCCUCGUCCGCCGUCGCACAGACCGUGACGCUGAACCCGGCGCUGAGCAGCUCGCAGGCCGCCUCACUCUCUCCCGUCAUCAGCCCAUCGUACGCAGGCCUGGGCAUCGAGCCGUCGAACCUGCUCGCCUUCACCGGCACCACCUCAGUCAACCAGCUCACCUUCCAGCUGCUCAGCAACCUCGCCAACUACACGGGCGUGCCGCCGCACCUGCGCGUUGGAGGCAACUCGGGCGACAACAUGCUCUACUCGGCCUCGGAGACUUCGUACUUCCUCCAGCCCAACCCGAGCUCGUCGGGCGCCGGCAACAGCGCCAAGACCGACGGCUUCCUCUUUGGACCCAACUACUUCCGCGCGCUCGACCGCCUGCCCAAGGGCACCCCCGUCACCUACGGCCUCAAUCUGGCCUACACCGGCUCCGACUAUGCCGACCGCAUCGUGGCGCAGGCGCAGGCGGCGUUCGACAACCUCGACAACGUCACCCUCGUCGGCCUCGAGAUCGGCAACGAGCCGGACCUCUAUACGUCGGCGGGCUACCGGCCCUCGAGCUACACUGUCCAGCAGUUUGGCCAAGAGUGGGGCGACCGCGCCAGGAUUCUCUACAACCGCGUGCUGGCGCCGCGCAACCUGCCCACCAACUUCUUUGAGCCGGCUACGACGGCGACGACGGCGACCAAGAACGGCCAGCCCUUCCGCAUCUCGAACCUCGUCAACACGGGCGUCGCGGCCGACAACGGCGUCUAUGUCGCCGGCUGGAACCAGCACGACUACUUCUACUACGUCGGGGUCAGCUCCUUUGAGCUCACCACCGACUACCUGCUCGACCUCUCGCACACCGUCAGCCAAUUCAACGAGUGGACCAACCAGGCCGGGCAGGCGCUCGUCACGGGCAAGCCCUACUACCUGCGCGAGAUGGGCAGCGUCGGUCCCGAGGGCAUCAAGGGCAUCAGCGACACGUUUGCCAACACGCUGUGGACGUUCAACUUCUUCUUCUUUGCCGCCACGCAGCAGAUUUCGUCGGUGCAGAUGCACGCCACCGACGCCUCGUACGGCUCGCCGUGGCAGCCGCGCACCAUCAACGGCGUCUCGCCGCGCGUCCGCUCCUCGUACUACGCCUGGGCCGCCUUUGACCAGGUGGUUGGCGCAUCGUGCAACACUCGCGUCGCACCCAUCUCGAUUGGCGGUACGCCGUCCAGCUACAACAACCGGCUCGGCGCCUACGCCUCGUACCGCGGCGGCACCCUCACCUCGCUCGUCAUGAUCAACACCCAGACGCUCUACACGGGCGCGACGGCGGGUACGAUGACGUUCUCCUUCAAGCUGCCGAGCCUGGCGGGCCAGACCGUGUACCUGUCGACGCUCAACGCCACGGGCUCGGAUGCCACCACCAACACGACGUGGAACGGCAUCAGCUACGAGGUCAGCGGCAACGGGCAGCCCACGGUCGUCGAUGGCUCGACGGUGGUGGUGACCAUCGCCGGCGACGGCUCGCUCUCGGUGCCCGUGCGCGACAGCUCGGCCGUGGUGGCCAACAUCGGCUUCAAGCUGGGCAACGAGCGGGUCAAUGCGACGUCCUGCAACGUGCUGGCCGCCACGGCGCCCGAGGGGGGCGAGAACACGGCCAGCGGCACCACGGCGGCCGCGCCGGCGCCGACGUUCAAGUCGACGUCGGGCUUCCAGAACACGGGCGGCGGCCUCAGCACGGGCGCCAUUGCGGGCAUCGCUGCGGGAGGUGGCGCGGCGGUCCUCAUCUUCCUGGCGCUCGUCAUCUUCUUCUGCGUGCGCAUGUGCCGCAAGAAGCGGGACCGCAAGAGCCGGUACUACACGACGCCGCCCUCGAUGGCACCGCCGCCUCCGCCCCCGCCGAUGGCGCCCUUCAACAGCCGGCCGGACCGCAGCCGCAGCCACGAGUACGCCCCGGUGCGCGGCGGCACCCCGCAGUCGUCGGGGUACAGCAGCCCGUACAUGGGCUCGGGCGGCCUGCCUCCGCCGCGCUUUUCGGCGGGCUACCCGCCCAUGACUGAAACCUCGAGCCGCAGCUCGUCGCGCAAGGGCCGGCCGUACUGA